GGCAAAAUGCGACGCGGUAUGCCUGCGCUUCUGGGACCUAGGCGCUCACAUCCCAUUCCGGUUCCUGCUACACUGGCAACGAGCCACUGCACACUCCCCAACACGCAGCCGGGUCGCUCAAGCAAAGCGCUGCCACCACAUGAGCAGGCACAAGCCAAGGAGACCCAGCGGAAGAAGCAAAGACCGGGCAUUACCCACCCGAAGCAACCACACAGAGGCCGAGCAAAAGCACCAAAGACACCUGCGGGAGGCCUCAGCAGACCACCCACCACCAUGUGGGGUCCCAAUGUCCCACAACCCAAAAAGCAUCGCCACUGGACAAAGCGCCCGCCGACAUCACCUGCCCACCAAACAGCCAGCACCGCUGAAACAGACCCGAAGGGCAGAGACACCCAGCCACCAAACACACUCAGCCAGCAAUAAGAAGAUGCCACAGCGGACCAGCACCUCCGCCCCAGACCCGCAACCAUGGCCUCCAGAACGGGCAUCGGCUAGGUAC